UUUUAUGUGAGCCCUAGCAAAUACACAGCCUUUAGAACACCGUAAAACCAUCAGUGAGACUGCCAGAGAACCAGCGAGCGCAGCCGCCGCCAUGGCCGACUAUUCGGAGCCAAACACGUCGCAUUCCUCCGCCGCCGACGAGGCCAAGAAGAGAAAGCGCAAGCGAAACAGACCCAAGAAGCCCUCCGAGUCUUCUGAGGCCCCCAACCCCAACGAAACCCAAGUAGAAGAUGAAAAAGAAGAAGAAGCAGAGGAGAUUCAGAAGAUAGAGGAUAAUAAGAAGGAUAAGAGGAAGAAGAAGGAGAAGAAGAACAGAGAGAAACCGAAACCACAAGAAGAAGAAGAAGAAAAUGGCGAGGAAGAGGAAGAGAAAGAGGAAGAGGAAGAGGAAGAGGAGGGGAAGAAGAAGAAGGUGAAGAGUAGUGGUGUUGGGUAUGGGAUUAUGAGCACAGAGGCUUUCACUUCAUUGGGAUUGUCUGAGCCCACUUUGAAGGCCAUUAACGAGAUGGGUUUUCAGCAUAUGACUCAGAUUCAAGCCGGAGCUAUCCCUCCACUUCUGGAAGGAAAAGAUGUUCUCGGAGCUGCCAGGACAGGUUCUGGUAAAACGCUUGCUUUUCUAAUACCGGCCGUGGAAUUGUUGCACCACACGCACUUUACUCCACGUAAUGGUGUUGGAGUUUUGAUUAUUUGCCCAACAAGAGAGCUUGCAAUACAGACCCACGCUGUGGCAAAGAACCUUCUCAAACAUCAUUCACAGACACUUGGCGUAGUUUUUGGUGGUGCGGCUAGAAGAGGGGAAGCAGAGCGUAUUGUAAAAGGGGUAAAUUUAUUGGUGGCGACUCCAGGUCGUCUUAUUGACCAUCUUCAAAACACAAAAGGGUUUAUAUAUAAAAAUCUAAAGUGUCUUGUGAUAGAUGAAGCUGACAGGAUACUGGAAACAAAUUUUGAGGAAGAAAUGAAGCAAUUAAUCAAGAUUCUACCGAAGACUAGGCAAACGGCUUUAUUCUCAGCAACCCAAACACGGAAGGUUGAAGAUCUUGCUCGCUUAUCUUUCCAGACAAAACCAAUCUAUGUUGGCGUGGAUGAUCGUAGAACUAAGGUUACCAAUGAAGGGCUGGAACAAGGCUAUUGUGUUGUGCCUUGUGCCAAGAGAUUUAUACUUCUGUAUUCUUUCCUAAAAAGUCAUCUCUCUCAAAAAAUUAUGGUCUUUUUCUCUUCAUGUAACUCGGUCACAUUCCACAGUGAGCUUCUAAGAUAUAUUCAGGUCCCUUGCUUUGAUAUCCAUGGAAAGCAAAAGCAGCAAAAGAGAACAAAUACAUUUUUUGAAUUCUGCGGAGCAGAGAAAGGAAUUUUGCUAUGUACUGAUGUUGCUGCUCGUGGACUGGAUAUACCUGCCGUGGACUGGAUUGUUCAGUAUGAUCCUCCUGAUGAUCCAAAGGAAUAUAUUCAUAGGGUUGGUCGAACGGCUCGUGGGGAAGGUGCAAAAGGAAAGGCGCUGCUGUUUCUCAUUCCUGAAGAGUUGCAAUUUCUUAAGUAUCUCAAGGCAGUGAAAGUUCCUGUUAAAGAGUGUCUAUUCAGUCAGAAGAAACUUCGUAAUGUGAAGUCUCACCUGGAGAAAUUGGUGGCUAAUAACUACUAUUUGAACAAAUCCGCAAAAGACGCCUACAGAUCCUAUAUCUUAGCCUACAAUUCACACUCUAUGAAGGACAUUUUCAAUGUGCACUGCCUUGAUAUGCAGGCGGUUGCUGCAUCUUUCUGCUUUUCCAACCCACCCAAAGUGAGCUUGAAUAUAGACAGCAGCGCCUCAAAGUUUCGGAAGAAGAUGCGGAAAGUCGAAGGAAGGCGACACGGAUUCAGCAGCGACAAUCCUUAUGGUAACAGGAAGCAGUAAAGAUGGUCGUGUAAGACAUGCUUAUACGUUAGGUACUGGCAGAUCUUGUGCCUUUGCGGCUCUGCAAAAAUUUUGUUAGGAGAUCUUUGUUUAUUUGAGUCUCGAAUGUCUUUUCUUUACACAGAUUUAUAGUUUUUCGUUUUCUGCUGCUGAAAUUAAGUCGAGGAGAUGAUGUUCAAACGAAAAUUUCGAUUCAUU